AUGAAGGGCUUCCUUGCUUGCUCAGUCAGCAGCCUGCCGAGCACCGGGCGGAUACGGAUCACCCUGCGUGCCCGCUCCGAAUCCCAGCUCGUCCUCACACGUUACAUCACCCGUAAGACUAAAGAGAGAUUUGAGGAGGCUUCUUCUUCGGGGAAGUUUCCAGCCAAGGCAGCAAGUAACUGCUGGAAGGCUCUGGUCAGCAAUGCAGGACCAAGCACGGAGUCUGCACAAGAGACUCCGUCCACUGCUGCUGACAGUUUGUCUCGUAGACCAGAAGAUCGUGCACAGGAUAUAGAAAUGCUGCAAGUCGAUAAAAUGCCUUGUGGAUCCAAUGCUCAUCUGAAUAAAGAAGCAUUGUCCUGUUCGCAUAAGACAAUCCCUUGCUUGAGCACGAGCGGGAAUGGGAAACACCAGGUCAAAGCAGCUCUAGAAGACACCUUAACGCUGCGGCCACCCAUCAGGGAGCACGUUAUGCUGGAAGCCACAUCAUCAGAAUCUGGCAAAAUGGGGAGGCCUUUCUGUACUGCUGAAGAGGAUGUCCAGCGAGGUGAAAAAGAGAAAUACAAACAACUCUUGAAACUAGUAAAGGAGAAAUAUCCUAGAGGCUGCCCUACUCCUCAGUCUACAAACUUCUGCAAUGCUCAAGCCUAUUCCAAGGAACCCGUGAUGCCUGCAAGUCUUUGGGAAGAACGAGGACAAGGUGAAGCCCACUACCCAUAUAUGACACUAAAAAAUGGUGUGAAACAUGCUGAUGCUCGUGGCCCACAGUGGUCCCAGAAAAAUGACAUGCUCAGGUAUUACCCACCAGCAGAAGGCUCUCAUGAACGCAGGAGACUAGUGAAACAGGCCAGUGCAGGGAGACAACGUGGGUCAGAAAUCUCAGAUGAAGUGUCAUUUAGACUACAUCUGGCUCCUGUUUCGUCCAGAAAUUCAUCCACCGUUGAUGUGGAAGAGAAGAAAUUCCCAGGCUCAGAAAAAAGAACAGAAGGUCUUUCUCUGCUCACAGAGGCCAUGGAGAGAGAAAUUAUUGCUGCGUUUGAUGAAGGUGAGCCCGAUGAAAUCAUGAGCAGUGCCUUCAAGCUAAAGGUCACCCGUGAGGACAUCCACACACUGAGGAACCUUCACUGGCUGAAUGAUGAGAUCAUUAAUUUCUACAUGAAUCUGCUGGUGGAAAGAAGCAAGAAAGAAGGAUAUCCAGCGCUUUAUGCUUUUAGUACUUUCUUCUAUCCCAAGCUAAUUUCUGGGGGCUACAAAGCAGUAAGACGAUGGACCAGAGACGUGGAUCUGUUCAAGCAGGACCUCAUCUUAGUGCCCAUUCACUUAAGAGUGCACUGGUCACUAGUGGUUAUAGAUGUCAGAAGGAAAAGCAUCAGAUACUUUGACUCAGUCGGACAAAAGGGUGACAAGAUUUGUGGAACUAUAUUCCAAUACCUGCAAGAAGAAAGCAAGGAAAAAAGAAAUCUGGAGUUGUCUUUUUCAGAGUGGGUUCUUCACAGCAUGGAGCCACAUGAAAUUCCUCAGCAACUUAAUGGGAGCGACUGUGGGGUUUUUAUGUGCAAAUAUGCAGAUUAUAUCUCCAGAGAUAAACCAAUCACCUUCACACAGAGUAACAUGCCUUACUUCCGCAGGAGGAUGGUGUGGGAAAUACUCCAUCAGCAGCUGCUGUGACACAUGCACUAUUAGAGUAACACUGUGAUCACCCUGUGGUGACUAACUCUCAUUUUAAUUAUUUUUCUAAUGCCUUAUUUCAAAAGGCAACAGGCACACAAAUUUUCCUCUUUAGGCUAUAAAGUAGUGAUUUUUUUUUUUCUUUUUUAAUUCUGGGAGACGGUAACUCUCUUUGAAAUUAGCUAAUGCACCAUGAGUGCAAGACAAAGAUUGCUGUGCUGUUGCCCAAGGAAUGGUUAAGAACAGCUGCUAUGUGAACCUCUGCUCAUACCUUGCAGCACAUGUGGGCCAGAUUACGGACAAAUGGAACUUUUAUUUGUGGUGGUAACGAUUCUGUUACUAAAACUAAUCUCCGU